UCCAUUUUGCAUGUCUUCUUCUUCCCGACCGCUCUCCUUCCUUGUUCAUCGUAGGGAACAGCUUGAGAAGGAGGAAGCUGGACAGCCCUCCUUCGUCUCUCUCAUUCCCAAUCCGAAUCGCCAUGGAUUUCCACCAUGUGAUCCUCCUCCUCCUCCUCUCUUCCAUCUCUCUCUCCGAAGCCAAGCUCAACCCCAAUUAUUACAAGAAGUCAUGCCCCGAUUUCGAGAGGAUCGUCCGUGAGACCAUCACUGACAAGCAGAUGUCCACACCCACCACGGCCGCCGGCACGCUCCGCCUCUUCGUCCACGACUGCUUGGUCGAGGGUUGCGACGCCUCCGUCCUCGUGUCCUCCAACUCCUUCAACCAGGCUGAGCGUGACCAGGACAUCAACCUGUCUCUCCCAGGGGAUGCGUUCGAGGUGGUCACUCGCGCCAAGACUGCCUUGGAGCUCUCUUGCCCUAAGACGGUCUCAUGUGCCGAUAUAUUGGCCCAAGCCACCCGGGACCUUAUCACCAUGGUUGGCGGUCCGUUCUACACGGUUCAGCUUGGUAGGAAGGAUGGCUUGGUCUCGAAGGCAUCCAGGGUCGAAGGAAAUCUUCCGAGAACUACCAUGACCAUUGAUCAAUCCAUCAAGAUCUUCGAGUCCAAAGGGUUCACCGUGCAAGAAUUCGCGGCUCUAAUGGGCGGACACACCAUUGGGUUCUCUCAUUGCAAGGAAUUCAGCGACAGGAUCUUCAAUUAUGGCAGGACCUCGGGCCCUGAUCCCGCUUUAAAUCCCAAGUUCGCCGCUGGGUUAAGGCAGAUGUGCUCCAAUUACACUCGUGAUGGCGGCAUGGCCGCCUUCAAUGAUAUAAUGACGCCCGGAAAGUUCGACAACAUGUAUUACCAGAACCUGCCACGCGGAUUAGGGCUAUUGGCCAUAGACCAUGCAAUGUACGCGAGCCCUAGGACAAGGCCGUUCGUGGAGCUGUACGCCAAGGACCAAAGCGCGUUUUUCAUGGCGUUUGCGCGUGCCAUGGAGAAGCUCAGUGUUUAUGGCGUCAAGACCGGUCGGAAAGGUGAGAUCAGAAGUAGAUGCGACGCAUUCAACUCGAUUAGAACUUAAAAAGGAUGCAACAUAUAUGGAGAGACAUCUUUUAUGGUGUAAUCCUCUGAUAAUGUGUAGUAUCAUUUGCUUCAUACUUAUGAUGCCAAUUAUAACAUUUGGAGGAGUAUGAGGAAGGGGGUACAACGUUAUUGUGGUAAAAGGAUUCAAGUGCUAAAA